CCGGGCUACGACCGCCCCUAGCAGCUGGAGCCCGCGGUGAGGGAGCCCAAGAGCAUCCAGCUGUACCAGCACCUCAGCCUCAAGAGCUGCAUCUGGACCUUCGACGCUUAUUACGACAUGACCGAGUUAAUUGAUGUCUGUGGGGGCUCUGUCACCGCUGACUUCCAGGUAAGGGACUCUGCCCAGUCCUUCCUGACAGUCCACGUCCCUCUCUCCGUGUCCUACAUCUGUGUGACGGCACCGAGGGGCUGGGCUUCCCUGGAGCACCGCACCGAGAUGGAGUUCUCCUUCUUCUACGACACCGUUCUCUGGAGGACAGGGAUCCAGACGGACAGCGUGCUCUCGGCCCGCCUGCAGAUAAUCCCCAUCUACAUCCGCGAGGACGGACGGCUGGUCAGCGAGUUCAGGACGCAGGCCAAGUUCAGAGCGCUGUUUGUCACGGAGCACCACAGCCUGCCAGAUGUCAGGUCCUCUUGGAGAACUCCAGAGCACCUGGGAGGCAUCGAAUUUGACCUGCAGCUGCUGUGGAGUGCUCAGACUUUUGAUUCUCCCUACCAGCUCUGGAGAGCAACCAGCUCCUACAACAGGAAGGAUUACUCUGGAGAAUACACCAUGUUCCUGAUCCCCUGCACGGUGCAGCCCACGCAGCCGUGGGCAGAGCCUGGAGCCAAGCCCCUGCCCUGCACGGCUCACGCUCCCGAGCGGUUUUUGAUCCUGAUCACCUUCCAGCAGACAAGCCGCCCGGUUCCAGUUGUUUACUCCCAGAACGCAAGAGUUUCAGAUCUGUAA